GGUAUGCGCAGUCAAAACUCAUUCUUCUUACAUCGGCCCGAUAAUUGUCGAGCUGUAAGAUUUCUCGGCGGAGACACUAUCAAACCCGUUAGGAACAAUGCGCGAGUGCAUCUCUAUCCAUGUUGGUCAGGCUGGUGUUCAGAUUGGCAAUGCGUGCUGGGAACUCUACUGUCUUGAACACGGCAUCCAGCCGGACGGACAGAUGCCCAGCGACAAGACCAUUGGAGGUGGAGAUGAUUCCUUCAACACCUUCUUCAGUGAGACUGGAGCUGGAAAGCAUGUCCCCAGGGCUGUGUUUGUGGAUCUGGAGCCCACUGUCAUAGAUGAGGUCCGCACUGGAACAUACCGCCAGCUGUUCCACCCUGAGCAGCUCAUCACAGGAAAAGAGGAUGCUGCCAAUAACUACGCUCGCGGUCACUACACUAUUGGCAAGGAAAUUAUUGAUCUGGUGUUGGACAGGACCCGCAAACUGGCUGACCAGUGCACAGGUCUCCAGGGUUUCCUGGUCUUCCACAGCUAUGGUGGUGGAACCGGUUCUGGUUUCACCUCCCUGCUGAUGGAACGCCUGUCUGUUGACUACGGUAAGAAGUCCAAGCUGGAGUUCUCCAUCUACCCAGCUCCCCAGGUGUCUACUGCUGUGGUGGAGCCCUACAACUCCAUCCUGACCACCCACACCACCCUAGAGCACUCUGACUGUGCUUUCAUGGUGGACAACGAAGCCAUGUAUGACAUUUGCCGUAGAAACCUCGAUAUUGAGCGCCCUACAUACACUAACCUGAAUAGGCUGGUUGGUCAGAUCUUGUCCUCCAUCACGGCCUCUCUCCGUUUCGAUGGCGCCCUCAAUGUCGACCUUACUGAAUUCCAGACCAACUUAGUGCCCUACCCUCGCAUUCAUUUCCCACUGACCACCUAUGCUCCAGUGAUCUCUGCAGAGAAGGCUUACCACGAGCAGCUCUCUGUAGCUGAAAUCACAAAUGCCUGCUUUGAGCCGGCCAAUCAGAUGGUGAAAUGUGACCCACGUCACGGCAAGUACAUGGCCUGCUGCCUGCUGUACCGUGGUGAUGUGGUGCCUAAAGAUGUGAAUGCUGCUAUUGCAAACAUCAAGACCAAGCGCACCAUCCAGUUUGUGGACUGGUGUCCCACUGGGUUCAAGGUGGGCAUCAACUACCAGCCUCCCACUGUGGUUCCAGGUGGAGACCUGGCCAAGGUGCAGAGGGCUGUGUGCAUGCUGAGCAACACCACAGCUAUUGCUGAGGCCUGGGCUCGUCUCGAUCACAAGUUCGAUCUGAUGUACGCCAAGCGCGCCUUUGUGCACUGGUAUGUUGGUGAGGGUAUGGAAGAGGGUGAGUUCUCUGAGGCCAGAGAGGACAUGGCUGCCCUGGAGAAAGAUUAUGAAGAAGUUGGUGUAGACUCCACUGAAGGUGAAGGAGAGGAAGAGGGAGAGGAGUACUAAAAUACUGGAAGGGAGUCAUUGUCUGGUGUAAGAUGAAACCUUUUACAACAAACAAAAUAACACUGUACAGUGCAUCCAGAAAGUAUUUACAGGGCUUCUAUUUUUCCACAUUUUGUUAUGUUACAGCCUUAUUCCAGAAUUGGAUUAAAUUCAUUAUUUUCCUCAAAAUUCUACAAACAAUACCCCAUAAUGACAACAUGAAAGAAGUUUGUUUGAAAUCUUUGCAAAUUUAUUAAAAAUAAAAAACAAAAAAAGCACAUGUACAUAAGUAUUCACAGCCUUUGCCAUGACACACAAAAUUCAGCUCAGGCGCAUCCUGUUUCCACUGAUCAUCCUUGAGAUGUUUCUACAACUUGAUUGGAGUCCAGCUGUGGAAAAUUCAGUUGAUUGGACAUGAUUUGGAAAGGCACACACCUGUCUGUAUAAGGUCCCACAGUUAACAAUGAAUGUCAGAGCACAAACCAAGCCAUGAAGUCCAAGGAAUUGUCUGUAGACCUCCAAGACAGGAUUGUAUCAAGGCACAGAUCUGGGGAAGGGUAUACAAACAUUUCUGCAGCAUUGAAGGUCCCAAUCAGCACAGUGGCCUCCAUCAUCCAUAAAUGGAAGAAGUUUGGAACCAGCAGGAUUCUUUCUAGAGCUGAUCGCCCGGUCAAACUGAGCGAUCGGGGGAGAAGAGCCUUAGUCGGCGAGGUGACCAAAAACCCGAUGGUCACUCUGACAGAGCUCCAGCGUGUCUCUGUGGAGAGAGGAGAACCUUCCAGAAGAACAACCAUCUCUGCAGAACUCCAUCAAUCAGGCCUGAAUGGUAGAGUGGCCAGAUGGAAGCCACUCCUCAGUAAACGGCACAUGAUAGCACGCCUGGAGUUUGCCAAAAGGCACCUGAAGGACUCUCAGACGAAAGAUUGAACAAAGAUUGAACUCUUUGGCCUGAAUGGCAAGCAUCGUGUCUGGGGGAAACCAGACACCACUCAUCACCUGGUCAAUACCAUCCCUACAGUGAAGCAUAGUGGUGGCAGCCUUAUGCUGUGGGGAUGUUUUUCAGCAGCAGGAACUGGGAGACUAGUCUGGAUCGAGGGAAAGAUGAAUGCAGCAAUGUACAGAGACAUCCUUGACGAAAACCUGCCCCAGAGCGCUCUGGACCUCAGACUGGGGUAAAGGUUCAUCUUCCAAUAGGACAAUGACCCUAAGCACACAGCCUAGAUAACAAAGGAGUCGGUACAGAACAACUCUGUGAAUGUCCUUGAGUGGCCCAGCCAGAGCCCAGACUUGAACCCGAUUGAACAUCUCUGGAGAGAUCUGAAAAUGGCUGUGCACCGACGCUCCCCAUCCAACCUGAUGGAGUUUGAGAGGUCCUGCAAAGAAGAAUGGGAGAAACUGCCCAAAAAUAGGUGUGCCAAGCUUGUAGCAUCAUAAUCAAAAAGACUUGAGGCUGUAAUUGGUGCCAAAGGUUCUUCAACAAAGUAUUGAGCAAAGGCUGUGAAUACUUAUGUAAAUGUGCUUUUUUGUUUUUUAUUUUUAAUAAAUUUGGAAAGAUUUCAAACAAAUGUCUUUCAUAUUGUCAUUAUGGGGUAUUGUUUGUAGAAUUUUGAGGAAAAUAAUUAUUCCAUUCAAUUAAUCCAUUUUGGAAUAAGGCUGUAACAUAACAAAAUGUGGAAAAAGUGAAGUACUGUGAAUACUUUCCGGAUUCACUGUAUGCAAAAACAAAAAGAAAUAACAUUCCUUUCAAGUUCCCACAUUUGGUUGUCUUUUAAUUGUAUUAAAUUGAAAAAAAAAAUUAUGAAUUAUAAGAAAAAAAUCAUGAGUUAUAUAUAUAAAAAAAAGAAUACAUAUUUUCUAAAGGAAAACAUUUUUCCAUAAGCAAAUAUAUACUUUACACAUUACUGAAAAAAAUGUCUAAAGAUAACCAGCCAGGCUUUACAACAAACAUGUUUAUAUUAUGCAAAUAAUUUGGUAUAAGUAAAAGGCUCGUGCUGAUAUACUGUAUGUCUCACAAAUUCUUGAAUAUUUCAAACACAAAUGAUGGUUUUUCUAGUCAAUUGGGUAAAAGAAUUCACAGUUAUAUGAUUUAAGAUAAUUUUUACUCAGAU